AUGGGCUUCGCAACUACGAUUCUUCAUUCGCAAUUUUUUGUGACCCCGCCGGUUCCUAACUCCGACUUCUCGGACCAAACAGUUGUCGUAACAGGCGCCACAUCUGGUCUCGGCUACGAAGCUGCAAAACACAUACUACGCUUAGGAGCAUCCAAGCUCAUCCUCGCAGUGCGGAAUGUCACCAAAGGCAAGCAGGCGGCAGAAGAGAUCUCCUCAGCUCUUUCUCUUCCUUCAAGCAAUAUCGAGAUCUGGGAGUUAGAUCUUGGCAGUUUCUCGUCCAUAAAGCAAUUUGGCGAACGCAUCAACACGCUGGACCGCUUGGACGCUGUGAUACAAAAUGCAGGCAUCAUGACCAGCAAGUUCAAACUAGUCGAAGGAUGCGAAAGUCAGAUGGCUGUCAACGUCAUCAGCCCCGUACUUCUAGGCUACCUCGUUCUUCCCAAGCUACAACAGUCUGCAGCUAAAACGGGUAGUCGGGGAAGAUUGGCAUUCGUUGGUAGCGAUCUCCAAUUCAUCGCGCCGCUGAAGGAGAAGUCUGCUCAGGGUAGUAUCCUAACGGCUCUCAACUCCGAACAGACAGCUGAUAUGAAGAACCGCUACGGCGUCUCUAAACUCCUGCUCAUGUGGGCGGUGCGCGAUAUGGCGCAGCGAUACCCCUUUUCCGAGCAGUCAAACGUAGUCAUUGCGUGUCUAACGCCCGGCUUGUGCAAAAGCAACAUUGUACAAGACGACGAGAGCUGGAUUGUUGGAGUUCUUAGACGUUUCAUGAUUGGUAUAGUCGCGCGCUCGGCGGAGGUGGGUAGCCGCAAUCUUGUCGAUGGAGUUAAAGCGGAACUCGGAGAGGAGUGCCAUGGUGCUUUCCUCAUGGACUGCGAUGUUUGCAAAGAUCUAACGGGAAAUUCGAAGACGCAGGAUAUGGAAGAGGCGAAAAAGAGAUUCUUGGAGGAGCUCUCUGCGCGUUUACGAGAAAUCUGCCCUGGAGUCAUUUAG